UGCUUCUGUUCAGAAACCUCAGAACAGACCCUUGCCUGCUAACUUCCCAGCUCUCUGGCCAGCUUCUGAUCGUUAGCAGUCUGUUGACUCCCAUGAAAACCUCAAAGGCAUCCCAGCGCUACAGAGGCAUCCGGAGAAAUGCCAGUCAGUGCUACCUCUACCAGGAAUCUCUGCUGCUCAGCAACUUGGAUGACAGCUUUAGUGCUGAUGAAACAGGGGACAGCAAUGAUCCGGAACAAAUCUUCCAGAAUAUACAGUUCCAGAAAGAUCUCAUGGCAAACAUUCGCUGCAGACCCUGGACUAUGGGACAGAAGCUGAGGGCAUUGAGACGAGCGAAGGACAUUGUACUGAAGUUCGAAGGGAGGCUGACCAGGACCCGAGGCUACCAAGCAGCAGGUGCAGAGCUCUGGCGGAAAUUUGCUCGUCUCGCCUGUAACUUUGUGGUCAUCUUCAUUCCCUGGGAAAUGAGGAUAAAGAAAAUCGAGAGUCAUUUUGGAUCUGGCGUUGCCUCCUAUUUCAUAUUCUUGAGAUGGUUAUUUGGAAUUAAUAUUGUGCUCACCAUUAUGACAGGUGCUUUUAUUGUCAUUCCAGAGCUGAUUGCAGGCCAGCCCUUUGGAAGCACGGCCAGAAAGACCAUCCCCAAGGAGCAGGUUUCAUCUGCCCAAGACCUGGACACCGUCUGGUCUCUGGGGGGCUACCUCCAGUACUCAGUCCUCUUCUACGGAUACUAUGGCAGGGAGAGGAAGAUCGGGAGAGCUGGCUACCGGCUGCCCUUGGCAUAUUUCCUAGUGGGGAUGGCAGUGUUUGCUUACAGCUUCAUCAUUCUUUUAAAAAAGAUGGCUAAGAACUCCCGCAUGAGCCUUGCCAGUGCUUCCAACGAAAACUACACCUUCUGCUGGCGGGUGUUCUGUGCCUGGGAUUACCUCAUUGGAAACCCAGAGGCUGCAGAGAGCAAAACAGCUGCCAUCGUGAACAGCAUCAGGGAAGCUAUACUGGAAGAACAGGAGAAAAAGAAAAGCAAAAACCUGGCAGUGACCAUCUGCCUGAGGAUUAUUGCCAACAUCCUGGUGCUUCUCUCAUUGGCUGGAAGCAUUUAUCUCAUCUACUUUGUGGUGGACCGGUCCCAGAAGCUGGAGCAGUCGAAGAAGGAGCUGACACUUUGGGAAAAGAAUGAGGUCAGUGUGGUGGUCUCCCUCGUCACCAUGAUAGCACCAUCAGCCUUUGACCUCAUUGCUGCCUUAGAGAUGUACCACCCCAGGACCACGCUGCGCUUCCAGCUUGCAAGGGUCCUUGUGCUGUAUCUGGGAAAUCUCUACAGCCUGAUCAUUGCUCUCCUGGACAAGGUUAACAGCAUGAGCAUUGAGGAAAUGGCUACCAAAAAUAACACAAGUCAUUGGAUAGAUUCUACCACCUUCUUUGCAACCAGGACAGCCCCUGAAGAAGAGAAAUGGUCCACAUCUCGGCCUGGAAUGGGGCUCAGGAGAAACAGCACAUGGGCCUUGGAAGAGACCAGCAUUUCAGCUUACACCAUGCCUCUCAUAAAGACGAACAGGACUAGCCUCUACCCUCAGAGUCCACAAGACCAGUGCUGGGAGACAUACGUCGGUCAGGAGAUGCUGAAGCUCUCCAUCAUUGAUAUGCUCUUCACCGUGGCGAGCAUUCUGCUCAUAGACUUCUUCCGAGGACUUUUCGUGCGGUACUUAAGUGACUACUGGUGUUGGGAUCUGGAAAACAAGUUUCCUGAAUAUGGAGAAUUCAAAAUAGCUGAGAAUGUGCUACAUUUAGUCUACAACCAAGGAAUGAUUUGGAUGGGGGCCUUCUUCUCCCCAUGUCUCCCAGCAUUCAACGUUCUCAAACUCAUUGGGCUCAUGUACCUGAGGAGCUGGGCUGUGCUGACCUGCAAUGUGCCCCACCAGCAAGUAUUUCGAGCCUCAAGAUCCAACAACUUCUACUUGUCAAUGCUCCUGUUCAUGCUGUUUCUGUGCAUGCUGCCAACUAUUUUUGCUAUUGUCCGAUACAAGCCAUCUCUAAACUGUGGGCCAUUCAGUGGACAAGAGAAAAUUUAUGACAUUGUGUCAGAAACGAUUGAGAAAGACUUUCCCGUGUGGUUUGGCUCCGUGGUUGGGCACAUCAGUAGCCCCGUGGUCAUCCUGCCCGGGGUACUCCUGCUUUUCAUGCUCAUCUAUUAUCUCCAGAGCAUCGCACGGUCGCUAAAGCUCAGCAACCACCAGCUCAAAAUGCAGAUCCAAAACGCAAGUAUUUAAUGAACUUUGCUAUUAUGAAUGUGUGUCAACCACAUGACUGAUGUCCUACCAGCAUGGGAAUACAAGUGAGGUCACAUCUUCAAGGUUCUGUGACUCUUGGCCACCCACUAUGGUGCAAGGCCACCAUCCCCAGAUGUCCAAGAGUUAUUUCUAAGAAUACCCAAGGAUGGCUCACCUUUGCUAGGAAGAAGCCUGCUCCUGUUUUUCUUCCUCCUCAAGGGACCUUGCUGCUGCCUCAAGCCUUUCAGUGCCCUCCUAUGACCACACCAAGCCCUCAGUGUGCCGGGCACUUCUGCAAGCUCUGGUAGAUUGGCAAGGGAGAGAAAGGGCCCCUUCCCAAUCCUUGUCAACUUGGGCAUCUGAGCCCAGCAGCACUGUUUGUCCCUAAAGCCUCACCUCUUUCAUAUCCUUUCGUUGUGGCUGUCAUUACCUUCUCUCCGCGGGGCUCAAACCCUCUCUCUCAGAGCAGUCCCAGGGAAACACACAUUCCCAAAACUUCCACAGUUUCUCCUCCUCCACAUACCCCAGGUGUUCCCUU